UGACAGCUUACUAACCGACUAAACAACUAACCAACGAGGUGGACGUUUGCACCGAGCAUCUCCACACAGGAGUCCAGUUUGUCACCUGCCUUAUCAUCUAAACCACAUCAAGGAAAGGAGAAGACAGCCUGUUAGCCAUGGAGGGAAACGUACAGCAGCAGCAGAAAACGACUCCUUUAGCUCGGGAACUGACGAGGAUAUUUAACAACUACAACAAGCACUCCAUCCAGCUGAAGAAGAACCUGAAGGAGACUCACGCUUUCUUCCGGGAAAUUAAGCAAAACUACAGCAACGCCUGUGCAUCCACCAUAAGCCUGGACUCUCUGGAGGCAGGCCAGCUUAGCUGCAUCUCUUUUCCUGCUCAUGAAGAAGAGUUCCUCCGCAACACCGUGGGUGCUGCUCCGUACAUCCUGGUGCUGGGUCAGGACUGCGCUGCCCGCUACCAGCUGCUCAACUGCCUCCUGGGGGAGAGGCUGCUGCCACUGGGCCCUGAGGCUGGAGAGGCUUGUGAAGGAGUCCAGGGCACUGUGUGCAAGAGGCGGAAGCUGUGUUUCACCCAUGGGAGGCAGACACGGCUGAGCUUGGCACUGCCUGGCCAGUAUGAGCUUGUGCACCAGUUGGCGGCUAACCGCGGCCGCUGGGAUACAGUUCCCAGGGAGGACCUGGAGAUCCACGAGGAAUGUGAGGACCCAGCACACAGGCUAGCGGAGCUGGAGAUCACACUGCAUCAUCCACUGCUUCAGGAAGCGAAGGUCAUGGUGGUGCCUUGCCCAAGUGUCCAGCCGACAGAGGAGGCCUUGGAAGACUGCACUCGCAACGUGAUCCCUGUCAUACUCUACGCCAUCAACCAGGACUCCCUAAGCACAGAACAGGUGGCUGAGCUCUGGAAGGUUAAAGAGAUGCUCUCCUUUCCCAUCUGUUUUGUUCGUAUCCCUGACACCAUGCCAGCAGCCUCCCCAGAACCCGGCCGCCGUGCAGAGAAGGAGAAGGAGAGGGAGAAGAGCGCCCUCCAUAAGCAGCUGCUCUCCCUCGGCUUCCUAAACAGUCCGACAGGAAACUGUUCCUGCGGUGCCCCUACGCAGAUGCCCACCCCGGGCGCCAAACCCCAGAGCAUGCUGGGCGAAGCUUUUGAAAGACUGCAUCGGCUGCUGGUGCCAUUUACUCGCCAAGUGCUUCAGAACCAGCAGGUGGAGGCUGCCAACCUGCUCAACGGGCUUCACUGUCGAUGUCUAGAUCUUUUCAUUAAUCAGGCCUUUGACAUGCAGAGGGACUUGCAGAUAACACCCCGCAGGCUGGAGUACACCCGUGAGAAAGAGGCUGAACUCUUCACCUCUCUUAUGGCCAUCGCUAAUCGCAAACAGGAAGAGAUGAAGGAGAUGAUUGUGGAAACACUCAGCAGCAUGAAAGAGCAGUUGCUGGAAGAUGCUGCCAACCUGGAGUUUACAGAUAUCAUUGUAACAACUAACGGAGAGCCUGUUACGUCCAAGGAGAUCAAAUCCUGCAUCCACCAGAUACAGGAGCUCAUCGUGGUCCGUCUGAACCAGGCUGUGGCCAACAAGCUGAUCAGCUCUGUGGACUAUCUGAGGGAGAGCUUCGUAGGAACCCUGGAGCGAUGCCUCAACAGUCUGGAGAAGUCCAACUUGGAUUCCUCUGUUCACAACAUUACGUCGAAUCACCUCAAACAGUUAUUGAAUGCUGCCUAUCACGUGGAAGUCACCUUUCAUUCAGGAUCCUCUGUCACCAGACUGGUGUGGGAGCAAAUCAAACAGAUAAUCCACAGGAUAACGUUUGUGAAUCCUCCUGCCAUCACUCCAGAGUGGAAGCGUAAAGUAGCCCAGGAUGCCAUAGAGAGUCUCAGCGCCGCUAAACUGGCCCGAAGCAUCUGCUCUCAGUUCAGAACCCGGCUUAACAGCUCCCACGAGGCCUUUGCAGCAUCUCUGCGCCAGCUGGAGGAAGGGCACACAGGCCGUCUGGAGCGCACUGAGGACCUGUGGCUGCGUGUGAGGAAGGAUCACGCCCCUCGGCUGGCCCGCCUGUCUUUGGAGAGCCGCUCCCUGAGGGAUGUGCUGCUGCACGGCAAGCCUAAGCUCGGCAAAGAGUUGGGUCGGGGCCAGUAUGGAGUUGUGUACUUGUGUGACAGUUGGGGCGGACACUACCCAUGUGCUCUGAAGUCAGUGGUACCGCCUGAUGACAAACACUGGAACGACCUGGCUUUAGAGUUUCACUACACAAGGUCCCUGCCCAAGCACGAGCGGCUGGUCGACCUGCACGGCUCUGUGAUCGAUCACACGUACGGAGGCGGAUCCAGCAUCGCCGUGCUGCUCAUCAUGGAGCGGCUGCACAGAGACCUCUACGCCGGCCUGAAGGCUGGUUUAUCGCUACGGGAGAGACUUCAGAUUGCUCUGGAUGUGGUGGAGGGGAUCCGUUUCCUGCACGGUCAAGGUCUCUUACACAGAGACAUAAAGCUAAAAAAUGUUCUGCUGGACAAACAAAACCGUGCAAAGAUCACCGACCUGGGCUUCUGCAAACCAGAGGCCAUGAUGUCGGGCAGCAUCGUGGGAACUCCCAUCCACAUGGCUCCGGAGCUGUUCACAGGAAAGUAUGACAACUCCGUCGACGUCUACGCCUUCGGGAUCCUUUUCUGGUACCUGUGCACCGGUUCGGUGAAGCUUCCAGAAGCUUUUGAGAAAUGCUCCAGCAAGGACCAGCUCUGGAACAAUGUUAAGAAAGGUGCCCGACCAGAGCGACUGGCCACCUUCGAUGAGGAGUGCUGGCAGCUGAUGGAGAUCUGCUGGAACGGGGACCCUUCCAAGAGACCCCUGCUCGGCAUCGUGGAGCCCAGCCUGCAAAGCAUCAUGGACCGGCUCUGCAACUGCAGCUCCGAGCAGAAAAGCAGCAGCCUGGAGGACUCAAACUGAAAACACUUCAAACUAACACGUGCACGAUAGGAAUUCUGAUCACAAGCGUUUUGGUCGUAUUUAUGAAGAAACAGAGCUGAACAAAGUAUUCCUGAGAAGCGGGCGGCCGGUGAAAGUGUCCUCCUUGUUCACGCUUGUUGGAUUCACGUUAUUUAUGAGGAGCUGAUGCAGACCAGAAGUUUUGCAAAUAUGUGUGUUUUAUUGUUUGUGCUUUGUUUAUUUGUAUACAAAACUCUACAACAUGCUUUCGUCGUAGCUGCAGUGCUAAUUGCUACCUUGUCAUAGAGAUGUUGUUACUAGAUGCAAAUUGUUUUAAAACAUAGUCCGUCCCCAGUAUUAUGAAAAAAAUAUAUAAAAGAUUAAUUUUAGAUUGUAUUUAAACUGAACAUGUCUGUAUCUACACAAAUGCGUCUUUUUUUAAUAAAAGGAUCUGUUACAACGAG